AAUGAAGUACUGCUUUGUAAGAACAAGUUAAAAGCUUUCUACAUUCAAAUGUAGAUUUUAGACUAAUCCCACAUCGGAAGAUACACAAAGGCUAAAAUGUACCGUACGUUGCCACUUUCCACAACAUUUAUGCCCACCAUAGCCAUUCCCAACCAUAAAUGUCGAGAAUCAAUUCGAAAACUUGCCUCUGCAAUUAAAAGCUACGAACCAACUGUAAGAGCUAAUAAGGGAGGGGCAAAAAUGGAGGAAGCCAAUGGUCAAACUCAAGCUCAACCUAAAAUCCAUGGCCGCCGCCAUUACUGGGGAGAUAUUUCCGAGGAAGAUUAUUACAGACAGCAGGGGAUCAAAUCGAGCAAUUCGUUCUACGCAUCGCCUCGAGGGCUAAACCUGUUCACCAGAUCUUGGCGGCCGCUGGAUUCCGAGCCGACGCGCGGCGUCGUCUGUAUGGUCCAUGGCUACGGGAAUGACGUCAGCUGGAGUUUUCAGGGCACGCCGAUCUUCCUCGCGCAGAACGGAUUCGCCUGCUUCGCGCUCGAUCUCGAAGGCCAUGGAAAGUCCGAAGGUCUCAAGGCUUAUGUGCCGAGCGUCGACGACGUCGUUUCGGACUGUUUGGCGUUCUUCAGCUUCGUUCUGACCCAAGAUCCGGGGAUUGAAAACCUACCCAGAUUUUUGUACGGGGAAUCGAUGGGAGGUGCGAUUUGUCUGCUGAUGCAUUUCAGGAGGCCCGAUUUCUUCCGAGGCGCGGUUUUGAUUGCGCCGAUGUGCAGAAUUUCGGACAAUGUGAAGCCGAAGUGGCCGAUUCCUGAAAUUCUGACGGUCGUGGCGAAAUUCGCGCCGACUUUGGGGAUUGUGCCGACUGCGGAUUUGUUGGAGAAAUCCGUUAAGGUUUCGGAGAAGAAAGUGAUUGGGGCGAUGAAUCCGUUGAGGUAUGGGGGGAAACCUAGAUUGGGGACAGUGCAAGAACUGCUGAGAGUGACGGAUUAUGUGAGUGGGAAAUUGGGGGAAGUGGAUAUUCCUUUUAUUGUGAUCCACGGGAAAGCGGAUGUGGUUACUGAUCCUGAAGUGAGCCGGGAGCUUUACGAAUCGGCGAAGAGUGCGGACAAGAGCAUCAAGAUCUACGAGGGGAUGAUGCAUUCGUUGCUGUUCGGGGAAACUGAUGAAAACAUCGCCAUUGUUCGUGGGGAUAUCUUGAAGUGGUUGAAGGACAGGUGUUGAGGCGUCGUCGAAGAAAGUUACAAAUAGGGACGAAUGGGAGAAGAUGCUAAGUGGUGUUAGUGUUAGAAAAGAGCAUAUGAAUAAAAUAGUGAUGAAUUUUCUUGUGACUGAAGGCUAUCUUG